AUGGCUCGAAAAAAAACUCCAGCACAAAAAGUGAACGAUCAGAAGGAAAAUGACUGCCCAUCUGAUGAUCAUCAGGGUAACAAAAAAAUCGUUGAAAUAAGUACGAUUAGCUUUGCUUUCGCUAUGAUUUGUGAUUAUACAUUUGAUGUAGGUUGUCCGGCUACUAUCGGUGAAAAACGAAAGCUGGAAUCAAUUAAUUGUAAUAUAGGCAAUAAUGAAGAAAACGAAAUAAUAUUAUUGAAGAAACGGUGUGUUGAAUUGGAAGAUCGAAUUGUCCUAUUGGAGAAAUCAUGUUUAUCAAUUCCAUCGGACGUUAACAUUCAACAGUUCUUCGAAGACGUUUUACCGAGUUUCAGUGACAAGAAUCAUGACGAUAUCACAAUGACUGCUAGUGAUCUUGUUAUGGGUGUCGACAGUGAUGCCGUCGGUGAAACUGAUACUGGCUCUUCAGCAUCGAAUCCUGGAAAUGAUAGCAAUACGGUUUCAUAUGAUUGUGAUCAACGGGAAGUUUGUCACUUACCGUUAUUGCCUAUCGACGACAAGAUGCUUUCUUCGUUGAAGAAAGAAAACACGACGUGUACGGCGCGCUCGAUUAUUAAAUUUCUUUUCCCCAAUCCACCAGAUAACUUUAAGCUGUCGAAUGUCGAUAAAGACGUUGUCGAGAAUAUCGUUCAAGUGGUAAAGAUCAUGCAUCCGGAAGAAACGACAACAACAGCUACCAAGAUUAGACACUCAAUGUCAAAUUACUUCGGAUCUCUAACUUAUAAAAAGAAAAAGAAGUUAUCGAAGUCAGUGAAAAAAUCAGAUUGA